ACUUCUUUUCCAGCGGUGAAGAGCAGCCUGGCGUAUAGAAGACAUUCAAUACAGGGAAUGUUCCCUUGACCGUUCCUUUAUUCAUUUUUUUCUCCUUCCUCGACUCCACCCAAGUUUUGUUUUUUCUUUAAAUUCCCUUUUGACCUGGAGCUUUUAGACCCAAUGCGACUGCCGUAGGGCGGGAUGGCAAGAUGGCGGUCUCUGCCUUUGCCCGUGCCUUCAGAGCUGCAUCAGGAGUCUUACAGCCCCUGAAUAUUUUGGUGUCUUCAGCCUGUCAAAACGGUGUCAAGAAUGCCUGUCUUAGUUCUGCACUGUCCACCCGGCAUUUUAGUUCUCUGCAGACACCAGUUGUUUCCUCUGCUCCCAGACUUGCCACGUCUGUCAGAAACCUGACGUGUGGACAUACUGCAGCAAUCCUCAAUAGAGCGGCCCCCUUGCUUCCAAAUGUCCUGAAGCUACCAGUCAGAACCGUAACAUACUUCAGUUCACGGAAAGGGAAGAGAAAGACUGUGAAAGCUGUCAUCUACAGGUUUCUUCGACUUCAUUCUGGCCUGUGGCUAAGGAGGAAGGCUGGUUAUAAGAAAAAAUUAUGGAAAAAGACGACUGCAAGAAAAAGGCGCUUGAGGGAACUCGUGUUCUGCAGUAAAACCCAGAGCAAGCUCUUAGAUAAAAUGACAACGUCUUUUUGGAAGAGGCGAAACUGGUAUGCUGACGAUCCUUAUCAGAAGUAUCAUGAUCGGACAAACCUGAAAGUCUAGAUCAGAAGUUUUAGGACUUCCCAGUUACUGAAUAUGUAUCUUUGUGUAAAUGAUGUCUUUGCAAAAAUGAAUAAGUGUAAAACUUGAUGUAAAUUGUGCCAAUUGGUAUGGAAACAUACAGUUCCAACAUUAAACUUAUUAAAGUUUUAAAACUUAAUGGAUUAAACAUUUCAAAAUUUGUUCAGGGAAAUGAGAGUUUAAAAUUGUUGAUUAUUUUUAACAAAUGGUAACUAUUUCCACUUAGGCUUAUCUAGUUGCAAGGAAUUCGAAGUUAGAGCAGGCAUAAGAAGACUGAAAGCCAACAAGUUACCUCAAGCAGUGUGACAUUAUUUGAAGUAUGUGUGCCUGGGAACUCAGGAACCACCUCACCAGCUCCAUCCCCCUCCCAGAAAUAACCCCCAGGUCUGAGGAACGAACAGAAAUUGUAGGGUGUUCCAAGAUCCAAGGCACCUCUAAGGGCCUCAAGAGCAAAAGAUGCUAGAUUUUUAGGGUUGGGGGGUCUGCCAUGCAUGUGACUCAGUUUCUGCCCCCGUCAUAAUCCUAGCUCGUACCUUUCGGGUUGUUUUCUGCGUCCUAACCCUCAGCUCCCAUCUCCAGGCUCCAGUUGCCAAGAGUCUCUAACUGGGCCAGCUUAUGUCUUUACACCAGGUCUUCUCGGGGGUCAUUGACCGGUGUCAGGAGCCCACCCUGCCUCAGUUGGUUGUGUUAGCAGGUUCACAGGGAGCAGUUUCGCUUAGAGGUGAGCUUGGGGUUGUAGCACACAUCUAGUAUGCUAGGCUUAUUGGUUCAUAACAGUUCUCAGUUUAUU